AUGGCCACCACCACAGACCUCACCCGCCCAACAGCCAUCACCGCCCUCCUCCUCUCCUCCCUCGCAGCCGGCGUCAACCUCUCCCUCUCGACAUUCCUCGUCCCCCGCCUCCUCGAGUCCCCCACACCAACCAUGCUAACCCAGUGGGCGCGCACCUACUCCCGCGGCGCCAAAACCGUCCCCACCACAGCAGCCGUCGCGGCCGCGGCGUAUAUUUGGCUCGGGUGGAAGGCCGGGCCCGGUGGGGGGGUGAGAGCGUUGGGACUGGGGGUGAGGGAGUUGUAUUAUGCUGCGGCUGCGUUGUCGGUUGGGAUGGCGCCGUAUACGGUGCUGGUGAUGCAGGGGACGAAUGAUGAGUUGCAUAGGUUGGAGAAGGUGGCGAAUGCGCAGAAGAAGGCGGGGGUGGUGGAUGUUGCUGCUGCUGGGGAUGAGGUGGUUGUUCAGGAGAAGAGCGCGAAGGCGUUGGUGGAUUGGUGGGGGUUGUUGAAUUUGGGGAGGGCGGGGAUGUUGAUUGGGGGGGUUGUGUGUGGGUUGGUUGCGACGUUUUAG